GUAAUAACUGAUUUGGUCUUUGCUUUUUCCUUUGUCAUAUGAUGCCUAUCUAUAAUCUAAUUAUCUCUCUUACAUGAAGAGUACACCACCAUUUUUCAUCCAAGAUAAACAUCACCUUCCACUUGUAAAUUGGAAUAGAAAAAAAGAAGAAGAUAGGAAGUGGGGAUAACAUAACCAACACAAGAAUUAUGACUAGUUUGGUGAACAGCAGUCACUUUGCCAUUCACCGUCUCCCAUCUUCAUUUUCCACUGCCAUCGCAACUCAUUUCAACUCUCCGCGCUUCUCUCGCCACAUUUUCAAUGUCUCUGUUUCCUCACAACCUCAACAACAAGGAAUUGAAACCCCUCCCCGCGUUGGCUUUUUGGGCCUCGGAAUCAUGGGCUCUCCAAUGGCUCAAAAUCUCAUCAAAGCUGGUGUUGAUUUGACGGUUUGGAAUAGGACCAAGAGCAAGUGCGAUGCUCUAAUCACCUUGGGAGCCAAAUAUAAAUCAUCUCCCGAAGAAGUAGCCGCAUCUUGUGAUCUCACAUUUGCUAUGCUUGCUGAUCCUCAAAGUGCCAUGGAUGUUGCUUGUGGGAAGUAUGGAGUAGCAAAUGGAAUGGGUCCAGGAAAAGGAUAUGUGGAUGUUUCAACCGUUGAUGUGGACACGUCUAAAUUGAUUAACGGGCACAUAAAAUCCACUGGAGCGCUGUUUCUGGAGGCUCCAGUUUCAGGUUCCAAAAAGCCAGCAGAAGACGGACAAUUGAUAUUUCUAACAGCAGGGGACAGAAAUCUUUACGAAACGGCUGCUCCUCUCUUGGACAUCAUGGGGAAAUCUAAAUUUUACCUUGGUGAUGUUGGAAACGGAGCUGCAAUGAAGCUUGUCGUCAAUAUGAUCAUGGGCAGUAUGAUGGCAUCCUUUUCUGAAGGUUUACUUCUCAGUGAGAAAGUUGGGUUGGAUCCAAAAGUACUAGUCGAGGUAAUUUCACAGGGUGCGAUUAAUGCUCCAAUGUACACAACCAAAGGCCCGUCCAUGAUAAAGUCACAUUAUCCAACUGCAUUUCCCCUAAAGCAUCAGCAGAAGGAUCUAAGACUUGCCCUGGGGUUAGCGGAGUCUGUUUCCCAAUCUAUUCCAAUUGCAGCAGCUGCUAACGAGUUAUACAAAGUUGCAAAAUCACAUGGCUAUAGUGAUGAGGACUUUUCAGCUGUCAUUGAAGCAUUAAAAACCAAAUUUCAGAACACAGAAAACCAGUAAUGUUCUUAUGAGAAACAGGUUUAGUUGACCUGACAUCAAGUAUAGACAGGUUGUGAGACUAGUCAACUUAAAAGCAAUUCCCAAAAUGUAAAAUACAUAGUACUUUCAAGGGCUUAAAUUUUUUGGAAAAACAUUAUUUUCAACAAAUAUUUCAUGUA